UCCGCUCUCCAGCCAUCAUGGCGUCUCCCAGUGGGAAAGGAGCCCGGGCGCCUGAGGCCCCUGGCUGCGGGCCCCGGCCACUCGCCCGGGACCUGGUGGACUCCGUGGACGACGCGGAGGGGCUCUACGUGGCCGUCGAGCGGUGUCCGCUGUGUAACACCACCCGCCGGCGGCUGACCUGUGCCAAGUGUGUUCAGAACGGCGAUUUCGUUUACUUCGACGGCCGCGACCAGGAGAGAUUUAUUGACAAGAAAGAACGGUUAAGCCAGCUUAAAAGCAAGCAAGAAGAAUUUCAGAAUGAAGUAUUAAACGCUGUGGAAGGAAAGUGGAUAACAGAUCAGUUGAGAUGGAAAAUAAUGUCUUGCAAGAUGAGGAUUGAACAGCUGAAGCAAACAAUAUGUAAAGGAAAUGAAGAAAUGAAGAAGAAUUCUGAAGGCCUUCUCAAAAACAAGGAAAAGAAUCAGAAGCUUUACAGUCGAGCACAAAGGCACCAAGAGAAAAAGGAGAAGAUUCAAAGGCACAAUCGCAGACUUAGUGACCUGGUAGAGAAAAAGUCCAUUGACUUAAGAAGUCAUUAUGAACAUCUGGCAGAACUUCGGCGAUCCCGUAUAUUGGAGCUCACCUCUGUCAUUUUCCCAAUCGAUGAAGUAAAGACUGGCGUGAGAGAUCCUGCAGAUGUAUCUUCAGAGAAUGACAGCGCCAUGACCUCCAGCACUGUGAGCAAGCUUGCUGAAGCCCGGAGAACCACCUACCUUUCUGGUCGAUGGGUCUGUGAUGAUCACAAUGGCGACACCAGCAUUAGCAUUACAGGACCGUGGAUUAGCCUCCCCAACAACGGGGACUACUCUGCCUACUACAAUUGGGUAGAAGAGAAGAAAACAACCCAGGGGCCUGACAUGGAGAACAGUAACCCGGCCUACACAAUUAGUGCUGCCCUGUGCUAUGCCACUCAGCUCGCCAACAUUCUGUCCCACAUACUUGACGUCAAUCUCCCCAGAAAGCUGUGCAACAGUGAAUUUUGUGGAGAAAAUCUCAGCAAACAGAAAUUUACUCGAGCAGUGAAGAAAUUGAAUACAAAUAUCCUUUACCUUUGUUUUUCUCAGCAUGUCAACUUAGAUCAGUUACAACCACUUCAUACCCUCAGGAAUCUAAUGUAUCUGGUCAGUUCGAGCUCCGAGCACCUAGGCAGGUCAGGGCCCUUUGAGGUGCAAGCGGACCUUGAGGAGUCCAUGGAGUUCGUGGAUCCUGGAGUGGCUGGAGAGUCAGAUGAAAGUGGAGAUGAGCACAUAAGUGAUGAGGAAACGGACCUGGGCACAGACUGGGAGAACCUGCCAAGCCCCCGCUUUUGUGACAUCCCAUCCCAGCCUGUGGAAGUCUCCCAGAGCCAGAGCUCGCAGGCAUCUCCGCCCAUCUCAAGCAGCAGUGCAGGUGGGAUGAUCUCCUCCGCUGCAGCCUCAGUGACCUCCUGGUUCAAAGCUUACACUGGACAUCGUUAGUGAGCAUGGCUCAAACUGCCAGAUUCGCAUCACAACAGCUCUGCUGUUAGUAACCUCAUCCGCGUAGUGAACGGUAGUGCUCGGAACAGAGGUUAACCACUGUCAGUUGUUUCAAGCAGGGAGAGGAGCAUUUCUUCUUGUCAGGCAGGUGGCCUGUGAGGGAUGGUUGGGCAGAGGGGCAGAGGUCCUCCAGCCCACGCAGCACUGGUGGGAGAAGGGCCUGUGCAUCUGUGGAAGAAACCCUCCUGGGCCCUCUACCAGGCCCACAGACCCCACUCUGUGUUGUCCUAUGAUGCUGUCUCUUCCUGACACUAAGGUAGCUCUUCGGGUUGGUUGAGCCACAAGGAAGUGAUUGAUGAUGAUGACUUGAAAGACAAAAACUACGUUUAUUUUUCUGCCAUUGUUUUUUGUAUAGAGAGCCAGCAGCAAUUUGAAAUGCUUGAUUUCUUUAUAAUUUGGUCAUCUUAGGGUUUUAGAGCCAAGAUCUGGGUCUCAUUGUGGAGAGUGGUCUUUUUGUCGAGGGGAGGGGUACUUCAAAACAUUUCAUCUGUGCCACUCUGUCACGGCUCAUCACAUUCCUGUUUUCCUCCCCUCACACACCAAAGAAACCAUUGUCUUUGUUUUUCUGUAGAACCCGUACCCACGAAUAGAAGAAACCCUAGCUGCAAUAAUGUCUUAUUUCUUAUAUUGAGGAGAAUCAAAAUCAAGGUCAUUCUUGCCUGCAUCGUUUUCUGCCAUCCACACCAUGUGCAUUUUGAACAGGGACUUAUUUCUGUGAGUGGGUAUUCCCAUGUGUGAACUAAAUGCCACCUGGACUCAAGUGAAAGCCCCAGAACUAAGUGGCAUGCUCUGUCUCGUUCCUCCCUGGAGGAUUCAGUAGGUGGCAGGUGUUUGCUCCAGGCCACUCCUCCUCCUCCCAACACUGCGGGCAGAGUGCAGAGCAGCUUUAUAGCCGGCCACUCCCCCCUGUCCUGGGAACUUUAUAUAGAACUUUCCCUCACCAAGAGGUUAUUUUCAACCACCGUGUCUUGUCAUUCUCUUAAUGACAAUCUUUAAGAAAACUAUGAGUCAUGUAUAAAAUAUGUAAGUACUUUUUUAUUUUUAAUAACUGCAAAAAAAUCCUAAGUAACUCAAAAAGAAAUCCUAUAAAAACUCCCAACAUUAUUACCUAUCUUCCUAGUGUGAUUAGCAUGAUUGUACCUCAGAUCCAUCAUUGAGAGGUUUACCAUGCCCUAGUUGCUUCUCGUACUGUAGUUAUUAUAGUUGGUACCUUGCCUCCAAGUCGGAGGUGCUCUAUGGUCUUUGCCUUGGAGAUUUUGGUGUUGGUAGUUUUGGGUGGAGUUGCAGAGGAGUUUCUUUCUGGUCAGGAGUCCCAGAGUCCUGGCUUUAUGUGUCUCACUUAGGGAGGAGACAGGAGAACACGGUGUUGUCCUAAGUGCUCAGCCCCGAAGUUGUUGAGCUGGAAUUCAUAGAAUGGGUAAAGUGGAAUGAACAGAUACUACCAGAUGAAGGUAGAAACCAUGAAUGUGAGGUAAGGCUAAAGAGCACCCAGAGAUCACAAACUGGAGGCUGGAGUAACAAGACAAGGAUGCGGAACAUUGAGGGAUCGCUGGGGAAGUAUAUGCUGGUGUUGAUAUCAGAUAGAGGCACUUUAUGUCCGGUCAAAAUUCAAAGCCUUUGGUGGUUUUGAUACAAGCCGGUGUUUUGGGUUUCAUCAUUUUGCACUGGAUCAACCCUGUAAAUAUUCUUGAGUAUCUUUCAACCACUGUUUUUUUCUACUCUUUGCUGCUCAUUAAAAUCUCUCAUUUAGGUGCCAGAACUGUAUGUAAACAGCUUUCUAAAAAAUGAGACUGGGUUUGCUUUUCUUUAAAA